AUGCGGGGGCAGGAGCGGAGCCAGGCCAUGCCGCCCCCGCCUCAGCCCCAGGACCCCUCGGAGACCCCCCCGCCGGCACCGGGGCACGACCUCCCCGCCCCGCACGCCUGGCGCCAGCGCUUCCGGGGCCUCCGCUACCGGGAAGGCGCGGGGCCGCGGGAGGUGUGCGGCCGGCUGCGGGAGCUGGCCCAGCGCUGGCUGGAGCCCCAGCGCCGCAGCAAGGAGCAGAUGCUGGAGCUGGUGGUGCUGGAGCAGUUCCUGGCCAUCCUGCCCCGGGAGACGCGGAGCUGGGAGUGGGGGCGCGGCGUGGAGACCUGCGCCCAGGCCGUGGCCCUGGCCGAGGGGGUUCAGCUGGGGCAGGAGGAGGACGAGACGCUCCAGGUCACAGUGAGUGUGAAGGCCGAGGAGGUGUCCUCAGACAAGAUGCAGCUCGUGGGGACAUUGCAGGACCCUGGUGCUUCCUGGCCGGCGCAACCGAGGACCCGUGGUGUGGACGGCCCUGUGGAGGAGUGGGGAGAGAAGGAAACCCUGGGGCCUGGGGACAAGCUACCUCGUGUCCCCAAAGAGGAGCCCUUGCCCCAGCAGGAGUCAGAGUCACCCAACCCCGAGGAGACCGGGGAGGUGUCAGCAGACAACAGCUGCUCAGACUGGUGCCCCGGACGAGGCCCUUCCCCAGGAGCAGGUGCUGGGACCCUGAGCAGAGCGGAGCAGCAGCCUCCUGAGGUGGGGCCUGGAAACCUGGAGCUGCAGAGGACUUCCCCAGGGAGACUGGAGGAGAGGAGCUCCCUGACACAUGAGCCAGGCCAAGUGCAGAGGGGACAGGGCAGGCUUCCAGAGCAGGAGGAGAGCUGGGAGCUCCCGGAUGUGUUUGAGGACGUGGCCGUGUAUUUCUCACGGAAGGAGUGGGAGCUGCUGGAAGAUGACGACAAGGUGCUUUACCGGGACCAGAUGCUGAAGAAUUACCAAGCCCUCGUUUCCCAGGGUUAUCGAGGUCCCACACCUGACUUAAUCUGCCGCAUCCAGCGAGGAGAGGUGGAGCUGUGGAUUUGUGAUGAUAAGGCUGGCAGGGAAACAUCAAGGUUGGAGGACCUGCUGCCAGGAGGUGCCUGGCUGCUGCACAGAGCUGAGAAGCAGCCUCCUGCAGAAAGGCCUGCAGACCUGGAGCCAGCACGGACUUCCCCAGGGAGUUUGGGCGAGAUGGACACCCUGAGACCAGAUAAGGACCAAUGGCACAAGAGUCAGGGGAGGCCCCAAAAGGAAAGGGAGAAUGUAGCGGUGAACCAGGUACCAUCUGCAGUUGGGUGUGAGAGUGGAGAAGGGGCAGAGCCCGGACAGAGCCCUGGGUGCAGAGAAGAAGUGGAGCUGGGAGAGCUGAAGAGCCCCCGGAAAGAGGCACUGCAUCCGGAUGAAAGCAGUGGGGAGGGUGUCAGGGGGAAGCAGGAGCUCACGGGCAGGCACAGGGGCAGAGCCCACCCCUGCCCUGAGGUCAGAAAAACCUUUAAUUGCCCCUCACCCCUGGCUGAACACAAGAUAAGGCACACUGGGAAGAAGCCCCUUGUGUGUGCCAAGUGUGGGAAGAGCUUCACCUGGUCCUCCCACCUCAUCCAGCACCAGUUCAUGCACACAGGGGAGAAGGCACAUAAGUGCUCAGAGUGUGGGAAGAGAUUCCGCCAAUCCUCCCAUCUGACCAAACACCAGGUUGUCCACACAGGAGAGAAGCCGUAUCGGUGUUCAGAAUGUGGAAAGAGCUUCAUCUCCCCCUCUAAACUGGCCCAUCACCAGCACAUCCACACAGGAGUGAUGUCACAUCAGUGCUCGCUGUGUGGGAAGAGCUUCACCCGCUUCUCCAACCUGGUCCGACACCAACGCAUCCACACAGGGGAGAAGCCACAUCAGUGCUCAGAGUGUGGGAAGAGCUUUACCCGAUCUUCUGGCCUGAUCCUGCACCAGAUCAUGCACACAGGGGAGAAGCCACAUCAGUGCUCAGGGUGUGGGAAGCGCUUUCUUUGCUCCUCUGACCUGGCCCGACACCAGUGCAGCCACAGAGGGGAGAAGCCACAUCAGUGCUCUGAGUGUGGGAAGAGCUUUGCCCGCUCCUUCAACCUGGUCCGACACCAACGCAUCCACACUGGGGAGAAGCCACAUCGGUGCUCAGAGUGUGGGAAGAGCUUCACCCGAUCUUCUGGCCUGAUCCUGCACCAGAUCAUGCACACAGGGGAGAAGCCACAUCGGUGCUCAGGGUGUGGGAAGCGCUUUCUUUGCUCCUCUGACCUGGCCCGACACCAAUGCAGCCACAAAGGGGAGAAGCCACAUCGGUGCUCAGAGUGUGGGAAGAGCUUCACCCGCUUCUCUCACUUGACCCAGCAUCGGUUCAUCCACACCCGGAAGCAUCCAUAAAUUUGGGAGCAAUGCAGGAAAGAGCUUGUGUAUGCCCACCUGCUCAGUGCCCACCAGUGGCUGCCUUGAGGCAAGCGGCCUCGUGCUAGUGGACUGCAGCAAGAGUUCACCCAGUCUUGGCCCUUCUAGGGCCCUGCAGACCCCACAGGAGCCAGAGGCUGGCCCCAAGGUUUGAUGAGGGGAGGGGCUAAGAGGAAAUAUCUGAGGCAGGAGGCCAGUCUAGAUGCUGGAAGAACCGGUGAGGGACCUCUCUGCAUCAGGCUCUUUGGAGCCUGUCUCUUCACCAUCAUUCUCUAAAAGUGAUCUAUGCUUCAAGGGGGAGAAGAAGUGCUUUUGAAAUAGGUUGCCUCUCCAAGACAACUGGCUUUAAAUGACAUCUAGGGACUGUCCUUGGCCAGCUCCCACCUUCCUCCUCCAUCCUGGGCCCCGGGAUUCUGGUAUGAGAAGCUCCACAAUUGCAGGAAGGAGAACAUCUAUGGCUGGGGAAGCAUUUCCUGCCCUCUGCCCUGACCUCCUCUUCUCCCCACCACAUUGCCUCUUGCUAGGCCUGCACAUGCCCAUUGGAGUCUGCAAGGAGCUCAGCUGCCACCUUCUGAGUCCAGUUUGGCAGGUUUUGCUUCUCAGCCCCUCUUCCGAACUCUGCACUGCCAGGUGCCAGGUUCACCCCCCCUCCGCCCCUUCAUCCCAUUCUCUAUAGUGAAUUCCUUGCUAAUUAAGCCCCAGAGCUGAACAUGGUAUCCCUGUGAUUGGACUCUGUGUCAGGUCGGAGUUGUGAAAUGGGAACAGACCAGGGCCCAGAAUGCUCUCGGUGGCAGAUGUCUGGGAUUUCCCAACCCCUUCCCCUUGCAGAGCAUUCACCACAAUCCAGGGGUUGUUGUUAGCCCUCGGGUGCUGGAGGCGCCACGUCCUGCUGUGCAGCAACGUGUCUGCCCUUUUCAUAAAAUCAGGCCAUGAAGGUUGGAAGGGACCUCGGGAGGUUGCAUCUAGUCCAGCCCCCUGCUCAAAGCAGGACUGUCCCCAACUGGAUUAUCCCAGCCAAAGCUUUGUCUAGCUGGGUCCUCAAAACCUCUGAGGAUGGAGAUUCCUCCAUCUCUCUGGGUAGCCUGUUCCAGUGCUUUACAGCCCUCCUCAUGAGAGUGUUUGUUUUUCCUAAUAUGCAACUUAAACUUUCCUUGCUGAAACUGGAGCCCAUUGCUCCUUGUUUUGUCAUGUGCCACCACUGAGAACAGUCCAGCUCCAGCCACAGAAACCCACUUUUGAAGGAUCCUCUGGUCGGGGAAGUAGAGUUUCACAUGUGUGUGAUAUGGGGUAGCAGGGGUGAGGGAGAUGUAGUCUGGGACAGGUCCCACUUCUUCGGUGGAAGGGUGGGGAAAGGAUGAGGGUAUCCUGUGGGUGAAAUGCAGGACAUUGUAAUCUCCCAUUGGGAAUACUGAGGCCUCCCUGCUAGUACCAAAGCCAUUUGGCUCCAUGAGUGUUCUGCAGGGGCUACUCUAAGAGUUUAAUAAACCAUCCUGGAGCACACUCGUUCAUUCAUCUCUAUAAUUUCCUUCUCGGCUGACCACCCUGCCCCCCUGCCCUAUGUAUGAAACAGCCCUCACUUUCCUUACAUUACAGUGUUUAAGAAAAUAUACUUGUGACUUCUGAGUAAGCCUCAGUUGGUUGACAGGAGGACUCGUAUGGCAUGUUGGUGGUGGCUACAGAAAUAAGGGAAGGCAUAUGAAUUUAUUUGAAACAUUUUGAAGGUACCUGUUGCAUUUAGAAACCAAAUUUCUAACCUAGUGCUUUACGAAUUGACACAACACUGGUUGAGGAAUGGCAGAAAGGCUUAAUACCCACCAACAAGUUACAAAACUAAAUGACAGAUGAGACUCUUUCUGAAUAUAAAAUAAGCUAUUAGUCCUUAGUAUUAUCUUAGGAGCACGGAGAUCUUUACCCAAUGCAGGCAGGAAGCAGUUUUUGUACAGCCUCAAAGCCUGGGUCCUUCACUUGUUGGCUGGGUGGCAGGAUGGCUUCUGGUCUGGACUGCGCACACCUUGCUGACAAAUCUGCUUAGUUUUUAUACUAUUCAAGGCAUUUUGCUUGGUGGUUGGCCUAUUUAAGUCUGAACAAAACAGGGAGGAAAAGGUUGAUUAUCAUAUCACAACUCUUAA